ACGGCAACCGGCUACCCUCCCGCAAGGCCGCAGCCCGCAACAGCCUCCCUCUCUGCCCAACACCAAAACCCUUCCGCCUUCCGCUCAUCCGCCGUGCCCCUCGCCGCCGGCCGCAUCUCCACGCCCCCUCGCCGCCGGCCUCGCUCUCGUCCGCCUCCACUUCCUAGGCGUCGCGGUGUAUACCAGCCCCACCUCCCACGCUUCCUCCGCGCCACCUCGAUAUCUGCGGCGGUCAGCCCAGAGGUCACCUCCCCGCCCGGCGAGCGCCCUCCUCCUUCUCGCUGAAAGGCGCGCGCUCCAGCUCUUCGCCGCCUGCGAUGCAGAGGAUUCUAUCGAGGGCUGCUCGCCGUUGCACCAGCUCCUCAGCGGCAUUCAAAUCCCCUCACGCGCAGGUGAAUGUGGCAAGUGGAGUCCACUCUGAAGACGCCCCAACUUGUUCUAAUGCAUUUUUGGCCAUGUUUUUAUGAUGUAAACCUGGAAAUGGCGCGAUCAAAUCAACUUUGUGCUACGGCGAAAUGCAUUGCAGUUGCCUGCCUAGUGUAUGAACUUUCAGUUCUGAGGCCUGGCUUACUUCCCGGUGUUACCAUGAUUGCCCUUCCCCUGCAGCAAGUUUCACUUAAUAUGAUGAUUUUACAUGGAAGACCACUUUGGUCAGAUCUAUGCAAGCAGACAUUGUCAAUGCUCUCCGUAGAGGUGAUCGGCAGCGAGCAUCGAUAAUUCUUUCGAACUUUCAAAACACUAAUUGGGCAUUGAAUAAGGAAGAUUUUUCUUAUAUAUUGGAGUAUUGUGCAGAAGCACCUGAUCCUUUGAACUCCAUCGGGAUUUUUUUUCCAACAUUUCUAGUUUGUUAUGGAAACUUUGGAACUCAUGGAGGAGAAGGCCAUUGGCAUGAGUAAGGGUAUCUACCGAUAUGUCAUUCGAGCCCUGAGCAGAGGAGGGUAUGUGAAGGAGGCACUCCACUGGUUGAUGCUUCUAGGGGAGAAAGAAAGCACCCAUGCCACUUUGCCGUUUUUUAAUAUCUUUCUAAAUGCCUGUGGAAGUAGUGCAAAUCUGAAGGAUGUUGAAUGCUGUCUGGAGACAAUGGAAAAUUAUCUUCUUGGGAAGUCUGAAAUAACAUACUGUGAGCUUUUGAAGAUUGCAGUGUUACAACAAAAUCUGCCUGCAGUUUAUGAUAUCUGGAAGGACUGCACUAGGUAUUAUAGCCCAAGCAUUAUUACACAAAGGAGAAUUUUGAGGGCUUUAACUGCGUUUGGUGACCUCCAAUCUGCAUAUCACAUCUUGCAGCAUAUGGUAACCAGUGCUGCACAAAGAUCUGAACAUCUGAGGUUGUCUUCUAAAAGAAGAUACCAAUCAUCAAGAUUAGACAUUCCUGUACUUGCUUUGAGUGAAUCUGAAGAUCUCAAAUUGUUACCAGACUUUAGCCUGCAACCAUCUCAAGGGAAGCUGGCUACUGGCAAAAAUUCAGCUGAUGUUCAGCCUGAGUUAUUAUUUGCAGGCAACAAUCUUGCUGAUAAGGUUGAACUAGAUAAUGGGACUGUUCGAAAGACAUUGAGACUUGCACAAAGUGCAGUAAGGAGAAUUUUGAUAUGGUCGUUCAACGAUCUUAUGCAUGCAUGCGUACAGUUUAACAACUGUCAGUUAGCUGAGCAGUUAUUUCUAGAGAUGCAAAUACUUGGAUUGCGGUGGUCAAAAUUUACAUACGAUGGUUUUGUCAAGACUCUGAUAGCUGGCAAAGGAAUUGCAUAUGCCAUGAAAGUGAUUGAAACGAUGGAGAGAAGGGGCAUUAAACCUUACAAUGAUACACUUUCUGCUCUCUCAGAGGGUUAUAGCAAAAAUUUACAGUUGGAUUUGGCUGAGGAUUUAUUGGAAAGAAUUUCAGAGAUACGACCAAAGCACAUACAUGCCAUUAAUGCUUUGCUUUCCGGAUGUGACAUUAUGAAUGAACCAGAAAGAGCUGUGCGCAUACUAGCUAAAAUGAAACGUGUGAACAUGAAGGCAACUCUCAGGACAUAUGAGCUUUUGUUUUCUCUGUUUGGCAAUGUCAAUGUUCCUUAUGAAGAAGGAAAUGUUCUCUCUCAUGUUGAUGUUUCCAAAAGGAUAAGCAUCAUUGAGAUGGACAUGCUAAAUAACGAAAUCCAACACAGUUUUGUGUCUAUGAAGAACUUAAUACGAGCUUUUGGAGAUGAGGGGAUGAUAGAGGAAAUGCUGAGGUACCUGAAUGUAGCUGAAAAGGUCUUAUGGAACAUAAAUCCUUAUCAGAAGAGUGAUCUCUACAGUGUUGCGUUGCAUGCUCUUGUUAAAGCCAAGGAAAGUCACAAAGCAAUAAGGAUCUUCAAAAUCAUGAGAUCAUGCGGUCUUCCAACCGAUGUUUCAAUUUAUACUACCAUGAUAGAGUGCUGCAAAUGGUUGCCAUGUUUCAAAUCAGCUAGUGCUUUGCUGUCUUUGAUGCUCCAAGAUGGCUUCCAUCCGACUGUCGUGACUUAUACAUCUCUCCUGAAGGUUGUAUUAGCAAAAGACGAUUUUGAGGGUGCUCUGGAUCUGCUUGAUAUAUGCAAGACUGAAAGAAUUGAGCCUGACAUACAGAUUUUCAAUACAGUACUCUCACGUGCAUAUGCUAGAGGUCAAAUUCACGUCAUUGAAUAUAUUGUGGAGCGUAUACAUCGAGCAAAAAUUCAACCUAAUCCAUCAACACUCGUGUACACAUUUUGCGCGUAUGAGGAGCAUGAACUUUACAAUACUGCAAUUGAGGCAUUGCAAGUACUCAGCACGAGAAUGAUAUCUGAGGAUGCCAACAUUCUUAGCGAGAAAAUAACUGUUUUUGAAGAUCUAAUCCUCAGUGAAGAGCCUGAUGCUGAAUUGAGAAUCAUAAGGGCAUUCGAAGCAGCUGAAGAAUUUCUUGCGACGGCUUUACUGAACCUGAGAUGGUGUGCAAUAAUGGGUGCCACCAUAUCGUGGUCACCAGAGGAGAGUCUUUGGGCAAGGAGGCUGGCAUCCUCGUACAAUGCUAACAAGAGACCACAUAUAAUCCCAUUGGAUGUCCCCCAAUCUUCGUGAAGGAAACCCUAUUUCCUAGUGUCCGGGUAAGGAAUCCACUUAAGCACCCAUUCAGGAAGCUAAUGGAGGCAGAACAGAGUCAUUGUCCCUACCUAGUGGUAGGCAGAACCAAGGUGAAUCUCUCCGCUAGGCAUGAUGACUACUUCAUGUUUUCUUUUGCCGGAAAGCAUCCAGUUGUUGGAAUUCCUUUUACCUAACCAUGAUUGCAGUAGAGAGAACAAUUGAACCUGCCUGCUUGUUCAUCACCACCCGUUGUGAAGCUUGGUCAUGAAAGAUGCAGCGGUUAUCAAUUUCUUCCGCAAGGGGCUGGUCUGUUGGCCUGUUGCACCGUUUUGAGGCUUCUAGGCCAACAGAUUACUUCAUAAGUUGCUUACUUGACAUCCACCAAGCUUUAACCGUUGCUGAUUGUACUGGCUGUCAGGAGCACUUUGCAAAAUCUUUUGGAACAUAUUUGAUGGUGAUGAAGAUCGAGUCACAUGGCAGUGACAGAAGACUAAGAGGCGUUACAACUUGCACAGUAGCUGGAAGCCAGCUAGCUGGUCUGUUGUACCUCAAAACAACUUGUUCUGUUUAUUUUGGAGCUUGGACGAUGAUGUUAUAAGGUAGUGUUAGGUUCAGGGGCGAGACUGCUGGGACAACCUAUUAGUCUGACAACGGUAGAUUAGAGAAGUAUGGAGAAGCAUCGGGUAUACUAAUUGACCUAUUAUCGCUUACUGGUUGGCUUUUGUUGUACAUUACGUACUGGUGCUUAAAGAGUUGUUGUCUUCUGACAGCCUUUUUGUUCACUUUCUAGGCUUCUCGAAUAAUAAACCAACAUGGCAUCACUGCAUGUACCUUCUUUCCAUGAAUAACACAUAUCAUGUCGAGUAGUAUGAUUCCCCUGGGUUUUCCCC